ACGGGUUUUCUCCCCGCCUUUCUGACGUGCUCUUGAAAGCCGGAGACGCGGGUAGGGGAGGACUCCUCCGUAGCGGCGUCUUUUGCAGACAACCAACCCUGGUGAGAUUUGAACCGGGAGCACCGAGGGCCACUGCAGCCGCACGAGAACCCAGGCCGGAGAACUGGUGGUCCGUCCUUCGCAGUCCUCAUGGCCUGGAUCCCAGCCUCCUCGGGAUCUUUCGUUCAGCCCACGGAGCCCGAGAGGUGGGAGGUGGCCGAGCCCCCAUCCGACCCAGCCAGGGCCACCGAGGGAGGGGCUGAGCUGUCCCGGGGGGCCUUUUCCAGCAACGGCUUGCAGACAUGCCGGGAGUCCCCGCCCUGCCCUCUGGGCCAGAUGACCUCUGGGGUGGCCCCCGUUCCAUCUCCUUCCUGCGUCAGCCAAGCCCCCGGGCUGCUUUCCGACCGGUCCAUCUCAGGCUCCUCCACCUGCUCAUCGCUGGCCAGCUCAUCCCAGGAGUCGGACGACGUCUUCAGUGACGUCGAAGGAAGGACGGGCACUGCGAAGAAACGGGUGCUGAGGAAGACAAAAUCCUGGAAGACCUUUUUCACCAUGGUUCAUUGGUCUUUGCGACGGCGCAGCUCCUGGGUGCAGCUGGCCGGACACGAAGGCAACUUCAAGCCCAGCGAAGGGGGCCAGAUCCUGAAGAAGUUCAGCGCCGUAGAGGAGGCCUGUCUGUCCGAGCUGAUGACGGACGUCCUGCGCCCUUUUGUGCCCGCCUACCAUGGGGUGGCGGAGGUGGGCGGCGAACGCUACAUCCAGAUGGACGACCUUCUCCGCGGACUUCAGCAUCCCAGCAUCAUGGACUGCAAAAUGGGCACCAGAACGUACCUGGAGGAUGAAGCGGGCAAGGGUCCGCCCCGGUCAGCCCCCCGGCGAGACCUCUACCAGAAGAUGGUGAAGAUUGACCCCUGGGCCCCCACCCCGGACGAGCACAGCCAAGGGGCCGUCACCAAGCCCCGUUACAUGCAGUGGAGGGAAAAUUCCAGCUCCAGCACCUCUCUGGGCUUCCGGAUCGAAGGGGUUACGAUCGAGGGGGGAACCGUGCAGCGGGAUUUCAAACAGACACGGAGCGAGGAUCAAAUUAUGGGGAUCUUCUUGCAAUUCGUGAAGAAUCGCGUGGAUGUGUUGAAAACCUACUUGGCACGCCUGGAGAGUUUACGCCAAGCCCUGGACGAGUCCAACUUCUUCAAGAGGCACGAGGUGAUUGGGAGCUCGCUGCUCUUCCUCCAUGAUCAGAAAGGCCAUGCCAGCAUCUGGAUGAUUGACUUCGGCAAGACUCUCCCAGCACCAGCCCACGCCAACCUUCGCCAUGAUGUGGCCUGGACCCCCGGAAGCCACGAGGACGGCUACCUGAUCGGCCUGCAGCACUUGACCCACACCAUCCGGGCAACUCUGGCCAGAGCUGAGCAGAGUCAGGAGCCUGUGCCGGGGCCCUCGUGAGCCUGUGCCCCCCCCCCCCCGGGACACAGCUAAGAGCGGCGGGAAAGGACCCUGCGCAAUCGGGCGGGCAACAUUGCUGGGCAAGGCAGCUGUGCUGCUUGAGGAGGGGGCAGCUGGGAGCCUCCUGGAAGAGCUGCCUGGCCAAACGGCGGAGGGAGCUGGGACCCCUUGCAGAUCUUGCCGAAAAGCAAGCCAUGGCCCUCCAGCGGGUUGCAAACACACCAGAAACACAACGCCAGAAGUUUGUGGCUAAUGAAUGCAACGGCAUUUCUUCUCCA